AUGUUUGCUGUGAUUAUCAUAAGCGAUGGUCAUCUGGCAGGUCUCAUUUUUCAUUUUGGUAACCGGCAUAUGCGUGACUCUACUUCUACAAAUACAACAAGCGUGAAAACGAAGCCCGCAGAAGAUACAUGGACUAGUCAGAGGAUUAAUACUAAGCCUAUACAAGACGCCGUACGUGUUUUCGGACAAACGAAUAUGUACGUGGCGCUCUGGUCACAGCAAGGAAAGCCACCUGUCGUGGGACAAGCAUGGAACGAUGGCGGCGCUUUGCAGUGUGCCUUUGCGUGUGAUCAGAAAGUAUUCACUGGAGCGAAUAUAGGCACUGAAACUAUCCAACUGCUCAAGUAUGAAGGAGAUCAUGCUACAAAUCAAUUCUACUAUGAAUGGAUACCACUGUCAGAAUGGAAGUCAGCUUCGAAAACGGAGACUACUCGUGAAAUGGUACGGAGCGGUCCUGUUUCACCAAUUUAUUGGAAAGAAAAGUGUAUACUUGGCAGUUAUGAUGUUGCUGCACAGAAGGCUGAUUUCGCUCAAGCUGAAAACUUUAUAAAGGUCAGUGAAGCUCCAACACUCGGUAGCAUGCUGGUGCUGGUCCGCAACACUGGUGGUGGUCCAGCUGGAUGCACUUGUACAAAAUGUGCGGCUAAAGACUUGAAACAAGCGAAACAGCUGAUUGUGAAUGAUUGGGGCGAUUUUUAUGUUGGAAAUCAAUGGCCAGUCGAUAAGCCAAUAGUGAAAGCAUUGAAUCGUCCACUUAGAACUCCUCGAGGGCCAGAAGACCAUUUCGUCGCGUUGUGGUACCAUCACGGAAAACCGUGCAUGGGUCGCGCAUGGAAUCAUGCCGGCAAGAUUGAUGUUUCUUUUGUCGAGUAA